AUGAAGGACGUGUUCGUGGCAUUUGAAUCAAUCGAACUUGCUCAAUUGCAAACGACAAUAAAAAAGAAGAAGAAGAAAAACAUCGAUGUACAGAAAUUAGCGAGGAUAUUCGCAGCCGGUGAUUCUGAUAUCGAAUCGAUAUCGUCCGAUGAAGAGGUAUAUUUACAUCAAAUUAUACAACAAGAUGAUGAACCCGUCGAUCAAAUUGAUCCGGAAAAUACUUCGUCAUUAUGGUGUGCUGUUUCGUCAUGUCAAACUCCACGGCGAUCAAGUUAUUAUUGGUGUUAA